CAGUCGACAGUCGAAAUCUAUUUUUAGCAUGGAGACGUUUUACGACGCAGUUAAAUGAAGUUGGCGGUUGGGCCGGCGGUCGUCGGCGGUGGCAAGAUCACGCCAGCUCGCCGGGACACAGCGCAAAGGCGCAACUGGUUGCUGGCUGUCGAUAGCGCCACGACCCAUCCACGCAUAUCUUGAUGUCGCCAUUGCACGGCUACAACAACAGGUCCAACGUUCACGUCACCACCAGCACAUCAUGCAGGCACCAUGCGCAGCAGUUCAACUAGGCAUCAAGAGAGAUUCCGUACCUUGGCGCGAAGGGUAUACGCUUCAGUUGUUGCCCCCACGAAUGCUACAAGUGGGAGAACCAAAGCAAGGCACUGCAUCUGGUGCCCGGGGUCAGGAAGAUUGUGCCGCAGCAACUGCACUCACUUGGCAGCUCACCAAUGGAUAACUCAUCAUCACAGCGAGCCCAGCGACGGCUUUUACCUCGAGCGCAUAGGGUAGCAAGCUCCCAUCGUGUUUGAAUAGCUGGUUUUUACUCUGGCUUACCCAACCGUCUCCGACUUCAAUCUCGCCAUGGCGGGGUGCCCCCCCCAUCGUUGGUGACGAAUUUGACUUGAUGUUAGUAUUGGCCUUUUUUGGGGGGACCCAACCACAAACUCGAACUUCGAAGGCCGCUUGAACACCAACCCCAAGACACACUGCGACGACGUUGACCCACACGCGAGAUGGCGACAUCCGCGACGAAGCGGUGGCGAGCUGGCGUCGGUCGUCGCAUGCUCAUGGCACGGCGGGGUUUCCUUGCCAUGCCUGAGUUCUUGCAGCCGUCUAGUUUGCGCAAGGAACAUCGCGAGAAGAAGAUCGUCCCGUUCACAUGCCAAGCAAUGUUUGAUGUCGUGGCCAACGUGGAUGCCUACGUGUCAUUCCUGCCGUUCUGCGUGUCGUCCCGCGUCGUAUCUCGGCCAUCGACGAACGUCAUGGAAGCUGAUUUGACUGUCGGGUUCCAGAUCUUCACGGAAUCGUACCGAUCUCGCGUCGAGUUGGAGUCCCCACACCGCAUCUUCAUCAAGUCGAUCCACUCUCCGACGUUCAAGUCCAUCGAGAGCGAGUGGAUGUUUCGCCAGGUUUCAGAAACGUCAUGCGAAGUCAACUUCCGCGUAUCGUUUGAAGUCGGGUCGAUUCUGCAUGCCCAUGCGAUGCGGCUCUUCUUUGACGACGUCGCUCGCGUGCAGCUCAACGCAUUCAUCGGGCAAGCGUCAAAGUUAAACAAGCUCAAGCAGCCCAAGCACCAGAAGGAGCUUCAACAACAGCAGCUCCUCCUACACGAACCGCAUCAUCAACAAUUGGUGCACACGACUCCUCCUCCUGCUCGCGAACCACUGGCGAGCAAGGGCAAAGGGUCGUGGUCGGUCCCGUUUCUUGACGGAAAGGUAUCGGCGCCGGUGCUGGCCCACCUCAAGCACGCGUUCGUUUCCCACGCCACCAAACUCGUGGAGCACACAGAGUCGCCCAAGUUGACGUUGGCUGGCUUUGGCGCUGCCUGCCGCGACCUCGUGCUUACGUCGCCAUGGGCAAAAGCGUCUUCGACUGUGGCGGACUUGCACUCCAUCAGUGCCAACUCCCAAUCAGGUACGCAUUCAACGUUGGGAUAUUUGGUCGCGAACGGGAUCGUCACCACCACCAGCACUGGCAUUUGCUGUGUUUGCCAGCUAUGCCAUGCCCAGCCACCACCAGAACAGCAUGCAGGAACCGAGCGUGCAAAAGGGACUGUCCUUUACAGAGUUUGCCGUACGAACGAGCGGAUCGACAACCAAGUCAUCGUGAUGUGCUUGAUCUCUAGACGGGCGUGUACUUGACGCUGUACGGGACUGUGGACGACAAAGCUGUCCACAUGUUUCAAGCUAUCGAUACCCAGCACGAUGGCCGUCUGAGUCCCGACGAACUGCGGCGCGCGAUGGAGCUACGUCUUCGGGUCGUGCGGGAGGUGUUUCCGCUGCUGCUGCAAGAACAACUUGCGCUGGCCACAUCGUCGUCCCCAAACUCGUCCAAGAACUUGAACGAAGAAGGGAUGAAAGCGGGGCUUAUGGCGAUUGAAUCGCUCAUGUCACAAGUCGAAGGCGACAUCCCGCUCGCUGUCCGUCAAGUCUUUCUCAGCAUGACGCUUCAAGAACCGAAUCACAUCAAUCUCACCGAAUGGCGGCGCAUGUGGCACGACCACCCCGAGCUCGUUGAGAUGAUGACGAUCGACGGCAUGAAGAAGAUCUUGCGCGUCGCGACCGUUGUCGCGCCCUACUCCGGCUAGAAUACCUCUGUAAUUAUGCCUGCAUGCGCCCCGAGCACAUCGCUUCCUCGACUGUCCACCUCCCCAUCGCAUCGUGUAGUGUCCCUGGUGUCCCUUCCACCUCGAUUGUCGCAACUACCUUCACUUGGCACCUCGAAGUGUACGCCGCAAAAUCUAUUGAAGCUGAAAAAUCCGCCAAAA